UCGUCUGCCACUCUCUCCUCCUCUCGCUCCCUCCCCCUCGGACAUGCGCACAUCCACUCCUGCUGCGUGCGCACGAGCGUGGGAUCGCCGUCAGCACGUGCUGCGUGUGAUAAAGGCCAGCUCGCGGUGUGCGUGCGCCGGGGGCCCGCGGUUAUCGCUCCUUUCCCUGUGACGUCAGCUAGCGAGGCGCACGCGCGCGCGCGCGGCACACGACUUUUGAUGGGCGCCGACAGGACUUUGAAAGUUUGGAGCCGCCGGCAGCAUCCGCUGACAGGUAGCCGCUGCAGCGCCGGCCACAGACAAGCUCGUGAUGACCAGCACUACGCACUACGCCACACCACGUUGCCAUGGAGAUGUUUACUAAGUCACCGGCCAGGUACUGAGAGACUAGGGUAGGACGCGCUGUGAAACGGGUGGCUGAGUGGAGAAGGCAGCUCGUCAGGUGGCAGCACUGCUGGCAAGAUGUCCACCACUACGGAGCUGGAGAUGAAUCACUCUGGGAUGACCUUUGCAUCCCCGAGUGACGUCACGGGGCUCAGUGGAGAAGACUACGCCGAGUGUGAUGAUGUCACGUGUGUACUGACCACCCCCGAGCCGCUGGACUUGUCGGUGUGCGAGAGGCUGGCCCCACCGCCUGUCCCCCCCUGGCUACAGGACGCUCCCUCCCGCCUUCACGAGAUGACCAGACACUGCCGCAGCUGGACUUUGUACCAGGAACUGUGCCAGCAAGGGGCAGUGAACUCCACGUGGUUAGACCCCCCUGAGGACCACACAGCAGUUGAUGAAGGACUAGGCCCCGGGCCUCGCGGUGUCCAGUGGGUCAUCCCCGCCCUGGCACUGGUGGUGGUGGUGCUGCUGGUGCUGCUGGCGGCCGUCAUGUACAAGUACUACCGCCACCCCAGCAAACGGGCCAUGUACCGGGUGGCAGGUGGAGGAAGCCCCCUGAAGAGGCCGACAGUGACGGGUGGCUGGGCAGCGGGUGCCUUGGUUGAGGGGGAGACGAGCGACUCGAACCUUUCCGCUCACACUCACGACCCUGACCUGCGCUACACGCGCUCACCCGUGUGUCGUCUGCUGGAGCACACCCAGUACGUGGCCACCCCGACAGAGGCGAGGAUCAGACAGCACCCCGGGGGUCCGCCGGCCUUCACCUGCCCCGCCUAUUUCCUGCCGGCCCUCUCCUGGUUGCGGCUGCCCAUCCUGCAGCACGUGUGGCCCAAAGAGGGCGCUAGUGACGCAGGGGAAGAUACUCUGUAUCACGCCGCCCACUCGGCGCCCACAGCUUCAGGGGAGAUCAUCUACCGGUGGGCGAGUGGCGGCGCCACAGACGAGCCCGAGUACAGCGAGAUAUGGGAGGGGCAGCAGCCGGGGCUGGAGGGCGAGGUGGACACGUGCGGGUGCAAGUGCGCACCGGUGGUGGCCUCCCCUGUCUUUGUCGCCAGCGGCUCGGAUCCUGCGGGUGUCCACCGCGAGCUCUACCAGCCCCUCCCAACAUCCUCCACCUCGCUCCCCCCCGGUGUCUUGCCCCUCCCGCUGCUUCACGAGCAUCACCACCAUCACCACAGUCACCACUCGUGUAGCCAUCAGGGAUGGCGCCACGACAACACGUGCGGCGGCAGCGGGUGUGUGGAGAGCAGCUCCGCGCGCCACCAACUCAGCGAAGGUGACGGCCUUGGAGCCUACGACCUUGACCCGAAGCAGAAGGUGGACUGGGAGGAGUGCCACCCUUCACUUCGUCACUGUGGGCGGGACGGGUGGCUGGCCCAAUACAGACUACCCAGGUCCUGCGGCAGCCGCGCCCCGCCCGUCCGCCAAUGGCUGCAGGAGGGACAACUGCUGGAUGACAUGGCGUCGGACAGCGAGAUGCUUCUGGAACAUUCGUCACUACACGGCCACCCCCUGGCGCCACCACGGACUCCACGCACCGCCAGAGCAGACUGUUCUGUACAGGGGGGUGGCACCUUAGUGGUCAAGUACCCCAACCUGGUGUUCGAGGGCAAUGGUCACGUGACCUCCACUAACAGUCGCCAGGCUGUCCGGGCGGCCCCGGCCCCGCUAGUGUCUCGCUUGUGGGGCUUCCUGGGCUGGAGCAAGCGGUGAGAUGAGGUCACACUCCCAGACAUGGCCUUCAGGUCACAUCAACUUCCGGUCAUUUGAAAACCAGGUGACAUCAUCACCAGGUGUGUUCUUUAAUUAUCAGGUGGCUAAUGAGUGACAGAAAAAUACUGAGAAUUGUGCUUGUGUUAGCGAUGUGUGCGCCAGGAGGCAAAUAUCAGCUGUGAAAGCCCCGGAGACAGCUGCAUAAGCCCAGGAGACAGCUGUGUAAGUUCGGGAGACAGCUGUGUAAGCCCUGGAGACAGCUGUGUAAGCUUACAAUGCCGCAGUUGUAAACGUGCUGAUCAAAUAGGCAGCUUAGGAUAGAAACAAUCGGCAGCUGUUAUGUGAGGACAGAUUUGUCGGUGAGCUGGACGUGUGUCCACGAGAAGACACGGAGUAAAGUACCGCUGAGUGGCGUUGGGGUGGAGAAGCUGCUACGACUACCCAUCGCAAGGACAACGAGUGACGUAGAUAGUAGACAACCGAAACUGAAUUUGUUUCACUGAACCAGUGUUGGGUUCCUAGUAAGCCAUGGUUGCCUCACAGCUGGACAGCUGCAUGGCGUGACAAGACUGAAACUCCGUGGCAGCUGUCAUAAGACAUAACAAGUGUGUGCCAUGACAAACAUUAUCUGACAUGACAACCUGUCGUAAGAGCUUAGAAUGUUUGAUGUGAUGUCGUAAACGUUGCUUGUAGGUUGUCUCUCUCUCUCUCCUCCAAAUGUCGCAGGUGAGAAAAUUCUCCCUGAAAACCACCUGCGGCCCUUGGCGUUCACCGUUAGUGUCCCACCCUUGGUGGAUUUCAGUGACGUACAGCAGUCUGUUGUAAACGAUGACGUCAGCUUUGCGUGGCUUUGACGUCAUCGUGUUCUACGGGAAACUGAGAUCACGUCAUUGGUUGAUAGAAUCGAGGCUGAGGUGAAGGUUGAAGAGCCUGCACAUGCGCAGCUCAGCAUUCUUUGUCGUGACGUGUCUGUGGCGGAGCUGCUGUUGUGUGCUGCACUGGGCUCUUCGAGAUCUCAACGAGAAUGACGUCACUUCCUGCUAUAUGACCUUCGUUUCUUGGUCUGUAGGCUGCUUCCGUCAGACAAUCGGCCUGAGUGAAACAUUUCUUGCUGUUGGUUUGGGCCCCUGGGCAGGGGCACACAGUGUCGGCAUCCUUGUGUGAUGAAGCUGUCGGGGUCAGUAAAGGUCAAGCAGUUCACCUCAGCCACUUCCGUGACGCGCACCUGGUGUCGGAUGUUUUCCUUUGCUCUGGCAUAGUGAUACUUCUUUAUUUAUUUGUGUAACUGAUGUUCUGAUUUUAAUUCAUAUCUAGUGUUCUAGUUCGUUACCAUGACAACAUUAAACACAUUGGGAACA